CAGGAGAGGCUGGUGCAGGCGUCUUGCUGAUUGUUUGCCAGUCUGUCCUGCUGCUGGGAGCUGAGCUAUAAAAGCCCUCUCCCCCUCAGCUCAAGCCCAUUUCUUACUCUGAAUCCUCACUGUAGGUGAAGCAGGGAUGAAACUACUUUUUGUAACCACUUUUGCACUUUUUGUGCUCUCUGCUUUUGACCAAGCAGAUUCGUCAGCUUAUGACAAGAUAGUCGCGCAUAGUCGUAUUCGUGCAAAGAAAGAAGGACCGAACAUGUGCGCUCUCCAGCAAGUUAUGGGGACAAAGAAGAAAUACUUCAGCACUUGCCGUAAUUGGUACCAGGGAGCCAUCUGUGGAAAGAAAGCGACUGUGUUGUACGAAUGUUGCCCAGGUUACAUGAAGCUUGAUGGUAUGCGCGGAUGCCCUGCAGUUGCUCCCAUCGAUCACGUUUAUGGUACUCUCGGCUUGGUUAAAGCCACAACUACCCAGGAGUAUGCCGGUCUAUCCAAGUUACGGGAAGAGAUUGAAGGCGCUGGAUCGUACACCUUCUUCGCACCCAGUAAUGAAGCUUGGGAUCUUCUCGAUCAGGAGGUGAGGAGUGGUCUGGUGGGCAAUGUCAAUAUUGAGCUGUAUAAUGCUUUGCACUACCACAUGGUCAACAAACGUCUCCUCACCAAAGACCUCAAGAACGGCAUGACCCCUACCUCCAUGUACAAUGACUUAAACCUGCUCAUUAAUCAUUACUCCAAUGGGAUUGUCACCGUAAACUGUGCCAGGAUCAUUUACGGCAACCAGGUGGCUACCAACGGUGUGGUGCACGUCAUUGACCGCGUCAUCACGGCGGUUGGCAACACCAUUCAAGACGUUAUCGAUGUUGACGAUGACUUGAGCACUUUAAGCACUGUAGCCACGGCCUCAGGUCUGAUUGAGAAGCUCGGUCAAGAUGGACACUACACCUUGUUCGCCCCGACCAACGAUGCCUUUGAAAAGCUGGAUAGGACGGUCCUGGAUAGACUUAUGGAGGACAAAGAGUCCCUCCAAGCUCUCCUCAACUACCAUCUGUUGAACUCGGUACAGUGCUCCGAGGCCAUAAUGUCAGGCACCUCUUACGAGACCCAGGAGGGCAGCAACAUUGAGAUCGGCUGUGAUGGAGACAGUCUCACGGUCAACGGUGUUAAGAUGGUGCUGAAGAAGGACAUUGUCACAACCAAUGGAGUCAUCCACCUCAUUGACCAAGUCCUAAUGCCAGACUCAGCCAAGCAGGUUAUGGAGCUGGUUGGACAAUCUACGGCCACCUUUGGUGACAUGUUGAUAGAAUUGGGCUUAGCUGCAGCUAUGGGACCCAAGACUGAGUACACGCUUCUGGCCCCAGUCAAUGGAGUUUUCAAUGAUGAGGUGAUGUCCAUGGACCAGAGCUUCCUUAAGAUCAUCCUGGAAAACCACAUCCUGAAGAAUAAGGUUGUGCUGAGCGAGCUGUACAAUGGUCAGCGUCUGGAAACCCUCAUCGGAAAAUUUCUCAGAGUCUUCGUCUACCGUACAGCCGUCUGCAUUGAGAACGCCUGUCUCAUCCGUGGAAGCAAAGAGGGCAGUAAUGGCGCUCUCCAUCUCAUGAAGACCCUCAUUACACCAGCAGAGCUCAGCAUGUACGAGAUUCUAAUGAAAAAUGGAGGCUUUAAGAUCUUUUUAUCCCUGAUGGAGGCGGCAGGACUGACUGAUAUGCUGAAAGAAGAGGGAAACUUCACUCUCUUUGCCCCUUCAGAUGAGGCCUUCGCAGGACUCAGCGAAAGAGACUUGAAUAUUUUGAAGAGUGACGUCAAUGCCCUCAGAGCCAUUCUGCUGUAUCACUUCAGUAAUGGCAUCUUUAUUGGUGGAGGUUUGGAGACUGGCGUCACUAACCUCCUCAAAUCCCUGCAGGGCAGCAAUCUCAAAGUUUUGUAUGCAAACGAGAGCAUGCAGGUGAACACCGUAAAAGUUCCAGAGUCUGAUCAAAUGGCCACAAAUGGAGUCAUUCACUUUGUAAGGACUCUUCUGUACCCCGAGGAUAUUCCUGUCGGGAGCCAGGAUCUCCUUUCACUCCUGAGGAGGAUUAUCCGAUACAUCCAGAUCAAGUAUGUUUCUGGAUACAGAUUUCAGGAGAUCCCUCUGACAUUUUUGACCAGAAGAGUCGUCACCAGAGUUGUGGGAGAACCCACUGUUUUCAGAACGACACAGGUUAUUGAGGGCGAGCCGAUUAUUACAAAGGUUACCCGUAAGAUUGAAACCGAACCUACUUUCACCAAGUUAACCAGGGUAAUUGAAGGUGAACCAUCGAUCACUAAGGUGACCAGGGUUAUCGAAGGGGAACCAACUGUCACCAAAUUCACCAGGAUAAUUGAAGGGGAACCCACUGUCACCAGAGUCAGGGUUGAAGGUCCGGAGUACUCUCACAGCAGCUCCAUCAAUAUGGAGCUUUAUGAUGUAGACAACCCUGAUAGCAUCACAAGAUUUAUUGAAGAGGGCAGAGGAAGAGUCCCUGGAAGAAGAGUGCAAGGAACCCGGAGGAGAACCAGAAUGGUCAGUGCGAGGAAGCAACAGUGAGCAUUGGUAGAAGACACGACCUGAAGCGUUCAUGAGGUUCACGAAACAAACAAUAUACUUCAUUUACUUGUGCAAUGGUUCAAAACCUACCAGGUUGGAGUUGGAUUUAAAGCAAAAGACAAAAACGCAAUAUCGAUCUUUUUUUGUCCUGCAGAGACGAAAUUAUGAUUUUUUUUGUUCAACUAUAUUUGGUCAGAGCAGGGAUUUUAAAUCUUUCCCAUAUGUGUAUGUAAAUAUUUUUUCAUUGUGGUUUUAAACUUUAGUUACAUAAGAGUGCACUGUUUCAUCUUACGGAUCAGUGGUCGCAGGUGACGUUUACCCAUUAAGCAUUCUGGACGAUUCUCAAGGAGUACAGAAGGCAUAAAAGGAAGUGUGCAUAUGAAAUAUACAUAGAGAUGUGUUGUGGGGUACAAUUCAGUGUUUUGCAUUUAAACCUACAGUAUUGCAGUAUGACUUUAUUGUUUUGGGGGAAUAUGGUUUGCCAUUGCAUGCACAAUGAUUUUAUGGUGCUCAUGUUUAGACGGUGUGAAAUCUUGAAUAAAGAUUGAAAUGAUAAUUGCAAUGUUUUGUUAAAGUAUCUAAAGUCUGUUUUUAUUUCUGGAAGGGUGGUGGUUUGAUUUUUCUUCCUGACUUUUUAUUGUGUCUGUAUUUUACAAAAAUUUUGGAUCAAAUUCAUUACAUGCUACAGUACAAUUCAAAGCUAUAUCUCAAACUGCAGUCUUGCAAUGCCAGUGCAUAAUUAGAUGUAAACUGAUUUUGGCAUCUCUACAUCUAUUUGACAAUUUCCCUAAUAAACAUUUAGAUACGUAA